AUGCACCGGCUUCACUCCGUUAAAGGCCGGGAUGUGGGGCAGUUGUUCUGUCUCGAAGUUUUCUGUGGGACAGCAGGAAUCACGGCCGAGCUACGUGCCAAAGGCAUGAAAGCCUCGCUUGGCAUCGACCACAUUCGGUGCAAAGGCGGCCGUGCUCCUAUUUUGCGACUCGACCUCACCAAGGAGACCGACCAACACCGGUUGCUGGAUCUCUUAGAGAUUCCGGAGCUGGUUUUUGUGUGGAUCGCCCUUCCAUUGGUGUUCCAUGGGCAGAGGAGCAGUAUAUGCCCCGGCUGGAAGCAGCAAACCAGUUGUAUCGUUUGA